CGCAGCAUCAUUCCUCUGACGCACACAUGCGCGCAUGUAAACAUUUUAUAACAUACCAUGGCUGCACCGUUGUUCAGGAUCUUGUCGAAGUCGUGCAGACAGCUCUCUCGACCAUGGGGUGCAUGCCAGGUUGGAUGGAGGAGCAGGUCCACCCAUCCCUCCCCAAAUAUGGCCUCAGAGCAGGCAGCAGGGGGGGUCUCCUUUCCUCCCCUGCAAACAUAUUCAGAGGAGGAGAGCAUGAUGAGGGAAGCAGUUCAAAAAUAUGCACAAGAGCGCAUCGCUCCGUUUGUGUCGAAGAUGGAUGAAAAUUCAGUCAUGGAUGAAGAAGUGAUCAAAUCUCUCUUCGAACAGGGUCUCAUGGGCAUUGAGAUUGACCCAGAGUACAACGGCACCGGCUCCUCGUUCUUCUCCUCCAUUCUGGUCAUUGAGGAGCUGGCAAAGGUGGACCCCUCUGUCGCUGUGCUCUGUGACAUCCAAAACACACUCAUCAACACACUGGUUUCCAACCUGGGUACGGCAGCUCAGAAAGAGCAGUACCUCACCCGGCUGUCCACUGACAUGAUCGGAAGCUUCUGCCUCUCAGAAGCUGAGUCGGGGAGUGAUGCCUUUGCUCUGAAGACGCGUGCUGAAAAACACAAAGACUAUUACGUCAUCAACGGAUCCAAAAUGUGGAUCAGCAAUGCAGAGCAAGCAGGUGUUUUCCUGGUGAUGGCCAAUGUAGAUCCCUCUGCUGGUUACAGAGGCAUCACCUGCUUCAUCGUGGACCGGGACACGCAGGGUCUUGAGAUUUGCAAGAAGGAGAACAAGCUCGGCCUGCGCGCGUCCUCCACCUGCCCGCUCAACUUUGACAAUGUCAAGGUGCCAGAGAAAAACAUUUUGGGACAGGUCGGUCAUGGGUACAAGUACGCCAUAGGAAUGUUGAAUGAGGGCAGGAUUGGAAUCGCUGCUCAGAUGCUCGGGCUGGCACAGGGCUGCUUUGACCAAACGAUUCCUUACACCAGACAGAGAGUGCAGUUUGGAAAACGCAUCUUUGACUUCCAGGGCAUGCAGCAUCAAAUAGCCCACGUAGCAACACAGAUCGAAGCAGCUCGGCUGCUGACGUACAACGCUGCUCGUCUGAAGGAAGCAGGCAGACCUUUCAUUAAGGAGGCCUGUAUGGCUAAAUACUUCAGUGCAGAGGUUGCAACACUGACCACAUCUAAAUGCAUCGAAUGGAUGGGAGGGGUCGGCUUCACCAAAGACUACCCCGUAGAGAAAUACUACAGAGACUGUAAAAUUGGCACCAUUUAUGAAGGUACGACAAAUGUGCAGCUAUCCACCAUGGCCAAGUUUAUUGAUAAGGAGUAUGAUCACUGAAACCAUCUGACUGACAUCUGGUGGAUCGCACUCUGCUGUGUUACACUCCAUUUACUUCUCCCCAAAUGACUUUGUGGGGUGCGUUACUGUAGUUUGCUGUUUUUUUGUUUGUUUUUAGAUGUUUGUUCACAGCAUC